GCGGCAGGACCUCGUCCGAGUCAUAAUACCCGGAUUGUCGGACCCCGUAAACCCUGUUCGACUACUACCGUGACGCUUCUUAGCAGAACGCGUCACCCUACGCAUUCGAUAUAUUGUCUGUAAUCUUGAAACAUGGAAAUUGAUCCUCUGGCCGAUGCCCUUCCGCCACGUUACGCCAUCGAGUCCGAUGACGAGGACGAAUACAACCCACUAACCACCGGACGAGCUGAUCAGGUUCCGAUUAUAAACAUCGAAAUCGAGGGCCAAUUCACCACUGGCUGUCCCCUUGUCAUCGCAUCAGGCCCUGCAGGAGACUUUUGGGCUAAUGGCGCAAACCUAGGUGAACAGCAGGGUGCAAUAUUCGUCAACAAUAUUCAGGCGGGACUGCUUUUUAAGCCCUCAUCAACCCGCGCGGUUGUACUGGUGUCCGAGGCUACUACGGCGUUGCCGUUAUGGUCCAUGAACAAGUAUGUGAAUGAUAUCCUGAAUCGCCUCCAACCGUCCGCCAUUUCCAUCCUUGAUGUGUAUUCCGUACAAAACUACAUUUCAUCAGAGCCCUUGCCAGUGUAUGAGGCACCCGUUCGCUAUUUGUCUCUACGGAACAUAUACCUGGAUCCCUUCCAAAGUUUUGCGCCUCCAAAUAUUCUUCAGUCGACUUCGGCAGCAUUUAUGUCUGCGAUGAACAUACGCACUCUAUCUUCGUCCCAUCAAAGUAAUGCAGUGAUAUUACUCCUUCCAUCACCAGAGAUACCCCGCACCGCGCCAUCCAAACUAUCAAGUAGUAAACUUUCACGACCGUCGGGGGAUCAAGCAUGGUCUGUUGAAAUGAUGGUGGAAGUAGAUAAAAAGCUGUUUGGGGUGGUUGAUGCGAAACGAUCCGGUACUUGGGCACUCAGAAGUACGCCUGCAGGGAGUACAUUUGGUUCGUCAAAAAAGAGGAAUCUUGCGGAGGUUGGUGAGGGCAGCAUGUACAUAUAACUGUUAAAAGUCCAGGAAGUAGGUAUUCAGUACUGCGCAAAUGAAAAGGAAAGUUGGUUCAUAUCUUCAGUGUCUGUGAUGGUUCACAGACACUGAUGACAUGAAGGCUAAACUUUCCUGCAGUCGAUGAUUAUAUAAGCCAUCAUGUACUGGUG